AUGGAUGCCUCAUUGAUCGAGGUUCAACGCCAGGCUAUCCUGGAAACUGUUCGCCAUGCUGGAGGAAGAGAAUGGAAAGUGCUUGUGGUGGACGAGGCAAGCAGGAAAUUGAUCGAUAACGCUGUCAAGGAAGACGACAUUUUGAACGAAAAUGUUACCAAUAUUGAACAGAUCGAACACCGGAGGCCGCAGAACAAGGAUACAGAUGCCUUAUACAUCCUAUCAUCUCUCCCCCAUAUCGUUGACUGUGUUAUGGCGGACCUUGAGAGGCGCCGUUAUCGGAGAUAUUUCUUGGUUUGGACAUCAAGUAGGAUAUCAAUCCAUACCACGCCCCCUAAACUCGACCACCCGCUCACACCUGCUAUUUUAGAUCUUGACCCUCAACUAAGAAGUAGAAUCAAUGGUUUCAGCGCUUCAAGAGAGUUGAUUGCCAAUAUGCAAGUGAUAAAUAUCAAUUACUUUCCUCGAGAGUCUCGUUUGGCUAUCUUCCGUGACCCCUGGAGCUUCCUUACGCUCUUCCAUCCUGCGUGCAAUAACCUUGUGAGGGGUCACCUUACAGAAUUAGCACAAAAGAUCGUUUCUGUUUGUGUAUCCCUGAACGAGUACCCUCUUAUCCGAUACUUUCGGCCGAAGGAUGCCUCUCAUGAAGCCAGCGUCCUAUGUUCUCAUCUAGCUCGUUUUGUACAAGAAGAGCUGGACGAGUAUGCUAAACAUCGAAGAGAUUAUCCAACACCAUCCCCGAGGCCCAGGGGUGUGCUCUUCAUUACUGAUCGAUCCAUGGAUCUUGCCGCACCAUUAGUCCAUGAAUUUACAUAUCAAGCCAUGGGCCAUGAUCUUCUCCCAAUAAAGGAAGGUGACAAGUUGACUUACCGGACUGUCCUAAACCAAGGGCAGGAGAAUGAAGAGACCAAGGAUAUGGAUAUCACUGAAGGCGAUAAAAUUUGGGUGGAGAGCCGACAUCUACAUAUGAAGGACCUACUGGGGAAACUUGCUGAAGAUUUUAAAAAAUUCAGAGCCCAGAAUCCCCAAUUUGCUGACAGCGAUCACCCAACUUCCGUCAAUACAGUCAAGGAUAUGCUUGCUGGCUUGUCAGACUUCCAAGAGGGCAAGAAUGCAUAUACACUCCACCUUAACAUGGCCCAAGAAACAAUGCGUCUAUUCCAGGAACGGAAUCUUGCAGAGAUCGCGACAGUCGAGCAAUCACUUGCUACCGGAGUUGACGAAGAUUUUCGGAAACCUAAAAACAUUGCCGAACAACUCGUCCGCCUUCUUGACCACGAAUCUGCGGGGCCUUCUGAAAGAUUGAGGCUGAUUCUGCUAUAUGUUUGCUACCGUGGUGGGCUCCUCGCUGGUGACAUCAAGAAACUUCUCGCACAUUCACAGCUUCCCCCGCAAGAUGCGGAAGCUAUCUAUAAUCUUGGUCUUCUAGGGGCAAGAGUAGAAAAGCCUCUCAAGGAUCCAAAGCCACCGGCUCAGCCGUUAUUUCCACAUAAGCUACCACAGCAGCCACAAGAAGAUGAUGUUAGCAUAUCGCGAUUUGAACCAAACAUCAAAUCAAUGCUACAGGAACAAAUACGUGGCACACUGGACACCACCGUAUUCCCGUACACACGCCCUUAUCUAGAAGAUGACAGCUCGCCUCAGGACCAGGUGGCUCAGUCUUCCCUACGAAGCGCGAAACCAACAUGGGCGCGCACUCGACCAGUUGCCGGCGACCCCCGUCAACGAAUUAUCGUAUUCAUGGCUGGUGGCGCGACUUAUUCGGAAGCGAGAAGCUGCUAUGAGUUAUCCCAGCAAACCAACAAGGAUGUUUUCCUCGCAACCUCUCACAUGUUCACACCAGGUCUAUUCUUACGACAAUUGAGAGAUCUAAGUGUUGACAAAAGACGACUGGAUCUACCCGCGGAACGACCCAAACCGCAGGCCCCAGCCCACCUGUUUGAGAGAGAGCCAGCUCCCAAGCCCAUGGCUCCUGCCCCUCCGGUCGGCGGAAUGGCGUCGAUGAACCUCAACAAUGGCCCUGAGGCUAUCAAAAGAAAGCCAGCAAAUGGGACACCGGGGGCGCCUCCCGCUCCCGCCGCUGCUGCUCCACCUUCUUCAAGCGGUAAACCCGCCAAAAAGGAAAAGGACAAGGAAAAGAAGAAACGUCAUUUCUUUAAGUAA